AUGAGUAAAGCAAAAUAAGUUUCAGGUGGUGGAGGUGCAUCAACCAGUUAGCAUAGUUCCUUGUCUAAAGGAUUAAAUCUAGGUAUAGUAGAUCAAGUUUCUAUGCAAGAUUGCUAAGACUGGGUUUCCUAUGAUGAUAUCAAGCAGUCUCCUUAGAAUGGAAAUUACUCUAUGAACAAGCUAAGGGUAAUUGAGAAUUUGGAGCACAAAAUCAACUCUCCUUCAACCAAGAAUAAAAACUAGCUUAAUUACUACAGCAAUUAGAUGAGUGACCCAAUGACUUAAAGAAGAAAUAUGAAUAGAAUCUUAGAAAACGUUUCUAGCGAUAACAUCGCUUUGAAUGAAUUCGGAGGAGAUUCCUAGAGCAAUAGAUUUGAGAGCACUUAUAAAGGCACCAUAAAUAAUAGAAGCAUUCAAGAUAGAAAACUAUCCCCUACUUUUGCUUUGACCUCUGAUGAGCCACCCUAUGGAAUGUAUCCAAAGUUGAAAAAGUAGCUUAACUAGGAGAAUUCAGGCAUCAAAUAGCGUCAAGGGAUAAAACUGUUUUAGAACAUUUUGAAACUUUCUAAGAAAUGCUACCAGGGUGAAGAGUCUGAUUAGAUGCCUUGGGUUAAGUCCAAAAUCGAUUUGAGCUUUCCAGAGAUCAAGAAAGUUCAUUUAGAUGGUUAGAAAAUUGAACCAAUGGUUGAUAAGUAUUUGAUGCUUUCUUAUAUGAGAGACGGAGAUGUUAAGAUGGAUAAGAUUGAUAGUAGAAUUCAAAAUAAGACCAUCAAUGUUAAUGAAGAAAGCUAGCAAUACUUCUAGAAUCAGAGAUAAGCAAUUAUAAGAAAGGUAGAGCAUGAUAUGAGCUAAAUAGCAUUGUUUGGAGAUAAAACUCAGAGAGAUACAAUGCCUCAGAGAAUCCAAGCAUUAGAACCGAUCAUCAGAACAAAACAGAACCAAUCUAGAUCGCAGUCUGUUAUUUAGAAUACAAGGCAGCACUAGCAAUAUUACAACACUACUAAUCUUGGUGGCAGUACAGUCUUACUUUAACCAAUAUAAGACAAAUUAGGAUUAUACUAGCAAUAGCCAGAAGACCAAUCCUUCUUAUAACCAUAUCAGUUCUAAGAUAUGAAUAAUAGUGCUGUUGAUAUUCUUAUAUAGGACUAAAUCGAUUUUGACAAUUCUCUUAGGGUAAACAAUAUUAAGAACUCACCAAGAAUAGAUCAUAAAGUUUCUACAUUGUAGAAGAAACAAGAGGAAAAAUCUUAGACAAAGUUGAAAUUAAAGUUGAGCAAAAACAAAAUGUAUAUGGUGCCAGAUAUGUCAGAUAAGAUGAGUAUGCUAGAAUCAUUGAAGAGAGCUAAGGAGGUCAUUAAAUCUAGACAAGCAAAAAAUAUGAACAUCAGACUGAAUCUCAAUAAAACUACUGUCAAUAGCAGUGGUAAAUAACUUUGA